UUGUAUAAUAUUUCGUGUAUCUUUCCAGGUCCAGAAGGAACGAAAAGCGUGUCAGGAGGCAUGGCUGCAACAGACGAAACUCGGGUGAACUGAAUACACACACUAACCAAAUGCUUCGGCGUACUGCUGGAAUGGUGAGAGGUUCUUGUGCAUAAUGCUACCCACAGCUCAACCCGUUUUGCUUCCUGACGAUCACCUAUUACUCCGCUACUAUGCCGCCGUCUUCCGUGUGGUGCGUCCUGUAUUCUGCAAAAUCCUCCAGCUUCUCUCUAGCAACAGAUCCAACAUGAAGGAACUGCUGCUACAUUGCCCAGGAUACUCCAAUUCCCAGUACCGGAAGGAGUUCGGAGAUCAGGAAAGGUAUUUGUUGGAUAGUAAUGCGCCUUGCGAACAGUUUGAUAUCUCGCUUCUGUUCAAGCUGCUGCAACGCAUAUGCGGCCUGGCUGCCAGAAAUCAUUCCAGUUGGUCAUCUCCUGGUACUCUAGAAAAUCAUCUUCAGUGUUUGAAAAAUUACCGGAAUGAACUGGCCCACGAGGAUCUGCAAUUGAGUCAAGCCGAGUUGCAGCAGCGAAUUGCAGCAAUAAAGAAUAGGUGCCGUGAAGCAUUAGUAUUGUCAGCCCAAAAGACUCACACUUGUGUGGAUGCCUUAAUUAGAGAGGUGGAAGAUAGCCUAGACGAAGUCAUGACAGCAGGGGUUGACCUGUGGGAGCCUUACAGGGAGGCAGUGCAAAAACUUCGACAGAAGCGCCGGAAUCUUGUGAUAAGAGAAGGAAAGAAGGAAAUAAGUAACCAUGCUCAGAAAUUACGUAUCCUUAAUCCAUUUGCUUGGCUGACUGAUGAUCACUUUUCUUAUCUUGACAUCAGUGAGAUCUUUACCGAAGUUCAGAUAAUGGGCGAAGGAUACGUGAGGCUUGAAGAUCUCUUGAUCACCGCUCACCCAUCCAGCCAACCUCCUUAUGUUAUAGUUUUAUGUGGGUGUCCCGGUAUUGGUAAGACCAGCUUAAUGCGCUUCCUGCUGCAUGACUGGCUAUCCUCUUCGCCCUCAGUGUCUGGUAUGAGGGAUUUUGAACUUGUGAUGCCAGUGGAAUUGAGGCACGUGAGUAGCAAAAGUGUUGAACAGCUGUUGCGUGAACAGUUGAUUCCUGAAACGUGCAGACUGUUCCAUCAAGAUGACAUAGUCCCCGUUUUACAGGAAGUGUCAUUGUUGUGGCUUGUUGAUGGUUUUGAUGAAGCCAAUGAAGAUGCACUGAGGCUUACCGAAGAACUGUUGUCCAGAUUCAGAAAUUCAAGAGUUAUAAUUACUUCGCGUAGAGAAUGUGUGAAUGAGAUUAAGCUGAUGCUAAGUAAUCACCAUCUGACUAGUAUGGAAUAUAACAUGGUAGGAUUAUAUGAUGAAGACAGAGAAUUAUAUAUCCAGAAACUCUUUAAUGUUUACUCCCGUAAACAUUUAUGCGAUAAAAGCCGGUGUGUAGAUUUCAAAAAUUACAUUAAGAAAGAAAAAAAAAACCUAAAACUAAUCCUCAGUGUUCCACUUUAUCUAGUCAUGCUUUUCACGCUUUGGCUGGAAAAUCCCACGAGAGUAAAUGGGGCUACAACUGUCACUAGUCUUUUCCAGUUACUUGUUGAUCACAUUGUUACCCGGAUGUCCAAGAGAAAGAAAUUCAUUACGCUGAGACUUGCAGAGAGAGAAAUCCAGAGAAAGAUCGGAAAGGUCCUAAACAAAAUUGGAAAAGCUUUUUGGGAAAAUUCAUCACAAAGAAAGUAUUGUCUUACAAAAUGUCAAUUAGACCAGAUAGAAGACAUGUGUGAAAAUCUGGGUCUACCGUUCAGAGAAACAAUGUCUCCUUUUUUCAUUGUGCAAGUAAUUGCUUCAUCAAUUGGGACAGAAGAGAUGUACGAACCGCUUCACAGAACUGUCCAGGAGUUCCUUGCUGCACAAUCAUUUUGUAAAGAGAUGAUUGAAAGAGAUAUAGAUGUUUUGACUUUAGCUGCACAGUGGAAAGAGCAGCAUGAACAGUAUCUAGAAAAUGUUGCUGAGAUUGACGAUGCUUCGAGAUCUCACAGUAGCAAGUUUAUGGUCAAGAAACUUCACGAAGCAAAAGCCAGCUCCUUUGAGGAUUUCGAGUUCAUAACAACAAAAAACAUGUUUUCUAAUAGACCUUGUUGUUAUAGAGACAUGGUUGUACCCUGUUCUGAAGUGGAAGAUCCUGACGAAUUUGAAAGAUAUCUUACCUACACACAUUUCUCACCGAUCUUUUUUGGAAGUUUGAUACCAGUGUUUAUGGUUGGGUACCUUAAAACACACAAAGCACUAACAAAAACAAGGUCAGAACAAAUUGUGUAUAUUUGUAUUUGUGAGCUGGGUAAUAUAAAACAGUACGACCUUUGGAUAAGCUUAAUUAAGGAAGCAGAUGAUCCAGUGAUGAUAAAGGAAAUUCAGGAUCAAGUUGGUUCUUUCGAUUGGUGUCCUAGGUAUAGUUCUUGGGUCAGUGUUUUAGAGUUAAUGGAGUUUGUCAUCCCUAAAUCAAUAUCAAUCCAUGCAUGUGAUAACUAUGAUGCUAACAUUGAAGCUACAGUGCAGAAGAUCUCCCGUUUCAAGGCUGAACUUGUACUCGAUUUACGGAACUGGACCAUGUUGAAUUAUAUCGAACUGACAAAAAAAUGCUUGGCCGCAGCCCUUCAUACAGAAGCUUCAUGCAGCGUCACAUAUCUCAGCUGCCGUGCAGAUAAAGAUAUUUUGGAACUGCUUGCACGGGCACAUCAUUUAGAGGCGCUUUCCGUACGAGUGGACACUCUUGGAGAUCUGCAAAGUCUAUCAAAAAUCAUCCUCACCCUGCCCAAAUUAAAAGAUAUUUCAAUUUUACCAAUGUUCACUCUGUCAAAUGUACCUUAUAGAGACCUUCCAACAUUUAGCAUCUGUCACAUGAUUCUCUGUAAAAGGAUGUUGAAAUGGAAUAUGCUUAUGGGAGUAUCGAAAGCAAGGUCGAUGAUGUCCUUUUUUCAGUUCGGUUCAGAAACCUUCACACUAGAUCUUCCUGUAGAAAGACUCCCGUCGCUCAAGUGCAGAAGAAAACCUCCGGCACUUGUGUUUCGAGUGAAACGGAAACGAGGCAGACAUUGUCAGAGAUCCAGAUCUCCUUCAACAGUUCCAUACCCUGAACACUUACAAGUGUUUGAAACAUUUAUUGAAAUGGUUAUAAAAUUAUAUGGAUUGCCUUCAGCCCAUUGUCAUAAGGGCUGUGUUUGGCGAAAGGAGGCCUCAGUCCUUUGCCCAAAGGAGUGCUGCCAUUCAUUUAGCGCCUUAGACACUCAGGUCCAUUCUAAUGUAAGAGGAAAGUCUCAUCAUAUUAAAACAAUAAGGUACCAUCGACGAAGUUUGAUAAGAUUGCGUUCCUUAUAUAAAACUCUGUGGAAGUUUCUCUGUGAAGUUUAUGGAAGAAAUUGUAGUGCCUACAGGAGAAUCUAUGAUCAGAAUAUCAGGGUAAUGUGCAUCCAGUUACAUGACCAAGAUAUAUGGGAGCACAUAGAGGAUCCUAACAUAUACCUUCUGAAAGUUUGUGAAUUACUAAUGUAUCAGCACCUCAUAUGUAUCCAGCAACAUAAAAGGUUCCUUAUUAGAAGUAACCGUAAAUUCCGAAGUGUGGCGCCUGUGAGAUUAAUAAUUGUAGAUGCAUUUUCACUCGCUCCAAAACGUCUAGCAGCAGCAGUACAUAAAUUGUGUCAGAAGCCUAUGGGGAUUUAUCUUCAUGGCAGUGUAGAUAUGUCUGUAAGCCUGGAGGAUCUUGCAGAAUAUGUGUGGAAACUCAGUACUGCAUUUCCAUCUGCAGUUGAAAUAGAAAUCGAAAUACCAGUAUAUAGACAUGAAAUGGAGAAAAUACCUAUAUUAGCUUCCGUAAUCAGCAGCCUGAAGCUACAUAUUGAGAAAAGUGCACCGCUAUUUAACUUCGAUGCAUAUUUGACACUGGAGAUUUAAAAGGAGAGGAAAGCUUAUAAAAAGCGUCACUGAAUUAAUUAUGAGAUAUGUAAAGAGAGGUAAUACCAUUUUACAUGGUGGUUAAUUCAUUAAGAAGGAGUAAUAGAACUAUUAACAAUUUUAACCCAUUAUAAAUAAAACUCUUUAAUAAAU